AUCAGAUUUGAGAAGUAAAGAAGCAAAGGCUCAGACGACGGAGUUGUAGGUUGUGCUUUUGGUGAAGAGAAGGAUGACGCUAUUUCACUUCUUCAACUGUGCGAUUCUCACAUUCGGUCCCCACGCCGUCUACUACUCCGCCACUCCACUAUCUGAAUAUGACACUCUUGGAACCUCCGUGAAGGCUGCGGUUGUUUACCUCGCCACAGCAUUGGUUAAGGUUGUUAGGUCAACACAUGAUCUUGAUUUGGUAUCUGAAUCUCGUGGCUAUAACCUUCAUUUUCGUUUUCAUUUUCAUUUUCAUUUUCAUGUGCAGCUUGUUUGCUUGGCAACUUUUCUGCAAGUCUCUGAAACCGAAGUAUUUGAUCCUUACCAGGAAGCACUGAAAGCAAUGAUUGGCUUCAUCGAUGUUGCUGGCCUGUAUUUUGCUCUGGCUCAGCUCACUCACAGGAACAUCUCUCAAAACCAUAAGUUUCAAGCUGUUGGCCUUGGAUGGGCAUUUGCGGAUUCUGUUUUGCAUAGGUUGGCUCCUCUUUGGGUUGGUGCUCGAGGACUUGAGUUCACCUGGGAUUAUGUUUUGCAAGGCCUUGAAGCCAAUGCAAAUCUGGUGUUCACGAUAUCUUUAGCUGCUCUAGGAUCCUUGAUGUGGCUCCGCAAGAACAAGCCAAAGACUCUGAUCCCCAUCAUAUACACGUGUGCACUGAUCAUCGCCACAAUGCCUUCAAUCACAAGCUAUCUAAGGAGAGUCAUGGGAUGGCAUUUCCCCAAAGUUGUCGGGUUUGAGCUCAUCACUUCUCUGCUAAUGGCUUUCAUCAGCUGUCAACUCUUCAUCCUCUGUCAGAGACCGUCUUUGUGAUUCUACUCCGACCCAGAGACCAAACACUGCUCUUACGCAGAGAUACAGCUUUAUGUUUUUCUUUUUGUAACUCUUGCCAGUUUUUGCCUUGCUUCUUCUCCGGUUGAUUUGUCUUAGAAUGUACUUGCAAAAUAAUUGAGACAUUUAGACGAUAAGUUCAGUCUUUCAUAUUUGUGAGCUGUCAUAAAAGAGUGAUAGAACAUUUAG